AUGGCUCCUCCCAAGUUCAUGGGCCUUACGGGGCGGCCACUGUCGCUGGCCGUCUCGACGGUCGCCACGACGGGCUUCCUCCUUUUCGGAUACGAUCAGGGUGUUAUGAGCGGUAUCAUCAGUGCUAAGGGCUUCAACGACAUGUUCACGGCCACCAGAAACAAUUCGACCAUGCAGGGUUUGGUGACGGCCAUCUACGAGAUUGGUUGCCUCUUCGGCGCUGUUCUCAUUUUGGGCGUGGGUGACUUGCUUGGACGACGGAAGGCCAUGAUCCUUGGCGGAAUCGUCAUGAUUCUGGGUGUUAUUAUCCAGGUCUCUGCCGUGCACAACAACAACGAGUUGGCACAAUUCAUCAUUGGCCGGGUCAUUACUGGCGUUGGCAACGGAAUCAACACAUCCACUAUCCCCACUUAUCAAGCCGAAUGUAGCAAGACUUCGAACCGUGGUCUCCUCAUCUGUAUCGAAGGCGGCGUUAUUGCGUUCGGUACGUUAAUCGCAUAUUGGGUCGACUACGGCGCUUCCUAUGGGUCCGAUGAUCUCGUCUGGAGGUUUCCCAUCGCACUCCAGUGCAUCUUCGGAUUGGUCGUUUCCAUUUGCAUGGUCUUCCUGCCCGAGUCCCCUCGCUGGCUCCUCACCCACGAGCGAUACGAAGAUGCCGACAAGGUCAUUGCAGCUCUCCGUGGCUACGAGCCGGGAAGCGAGGAGGCCGUCCUCGAGCGCGAAGUCAUCAUGGACUCUAUCCGAGCGUCCGGCUUCUCGGGCCAGAAGUCGACACCGAUGAAGGCCCUCUUUACCGGCGGCAAGACGCAGCAUUUCCGCCGCAUGCUGCUUGGUGCCAGCAGCCAACUGAUGCAGCAGGUCGGAGGUUGCAACGCUGUCAUCUACUACUUCCCCAUUCUUUUCGAGACGUCCAUCACGCCGGGAGACCACCACAUGGCCCUGCUCAUGGGAGGAGUCAACAUGAUCGUGUACAGCAUCUUCGCGACCACGUCGUGGUUCAUUAUCGAGCGAGUGGGCCGGCGCAAGCUCUUCAUGUACGGGACUGUCGGCCAGUGUCUUUCCAUGGUUUUGACGUUCGCCUGUCUCAUUCCCGGAACCAAGGCCGCAGCCAAGGGUGCUGCCGUGGGCUUGUUCACGUACAUUGCCUCCUUCGGUGCGACCUGGCUGCCGCUCCCCUGGCUCUACCCAGCCGAGAUCAACCCGAUCAAAACACGCGCGAAGGCCAACGCGGCGAGCACCAUAUCUAACUGGCUUUUUAACUUCUUAAUCGUUAUGGUGACACCGAUUAUGGUGGCCAACAUCGGCUGGGGGACUUACCUCUUCUUCGCCGUCAUGAACGCCACCUUUAUCCCCGUCAUCUACUUCUUCUACCCCGAGACGGCCAACCGUUCACUCGAGGAAAUCGACAUCAUCUUCGCAGCCGGCCACGAGAAGGGAGGGCGCAUGUCCUACGUCAAAGCGGCCCAAGAGCUGCCUUUCCUAACCGAUGCCCAAGUUGAGCAGGAGGCCCGCCGUUAUGGACUCAUUGACGACGUCACCCAGGACGCUGCCUUCGCGCGGGGUGCCACGGUCACUCGCGCCCGUGGAUACAGUGAGAAGAGCGAGCGCAGCGAUGAGAAGGCGGACGAGGUGUCCGAGAAUAUGUUGGAGUCUGGCCGUGGGAACGGCGUCUCGAGGGGCUAA